GUCGCUUGGCGAACGUCAGAGGAGCUGUUUCCCCGACGGGACUUCGUCGAAUUCUCUCGUGUCGUGAUGUCGGAAGUAUUCAAACUGGGUGAUCUAGUAUGGGCGAAGAUGAAGGGAUUCUCACCGUGGCCCGGCCGGGUGUCAAAUCCUUCAAAGGACUUAAAGAAGCCUGCAAACACCAAGAAGGGACCAGUCCAAUGCAUCUUCUUCUUUGGAACAAAUAACUACGCAUGGAUUGAAGAAACGCAUAUUAAACCAUACCAGGAGUUUAAAGAUACUUUAGUGAAAUCUAGCAAAUCUAAUGCAUUCAAAGACGCAGUAGAAGCAAUAGAAGAAUUUAUCGCUAAAGGCGAGGUGUUCGAAGAUGGUCUGGAUCCAGAUUCUCUAUUUGACAGGCUCAAAGAAGAAACUAUCGUUGAGAAGAAAAGCGUCACCAAAACGCCGAAACCGCGCAAGGAAACGCCGAAAGCUAAGCGGUUAGACAGUGGUGCGGGUGAUGUUCGUCGACCCGCUAAAAAGCCGCGUAGGGAUUCAAGUACCAGCAAUAGCAACAGAGUCGGCAGUAUCAGUCCCACAUUGAAUCACUCCACUCCGCCUAGAAAGUCGGGCUCGACGCUUCUGAACAGACCGGCAAAUAUCGCCAGACCCGUCACGCCUCCCUUAGACGUGGAAACGCUGUCGCAGACUCUCAAGGAGAAGAACAUCCUGCCGUCGACCCUGAAAUUUGGAUUCCUCGGGCUCGGUAUCAUGGGUAGCGGUAUUGUGAAAAAUUUGAUCAACAGUGGUCACAAUGUGAUUGUGUGGAAUCGUACGCAGGAAAAGUGUGCGGAUUUCGUAAAGGCGGGCGCAGAACAAGGCCUGACACCAUCAGACGUCGUGCUGGCAGCUGAUAUCACUUUCUCCUGUGUGGCCGAUCCACAAGCCGCCAAAGACAUGGUAUUCGGCAACUGCGGCGUACUGACGGAAAUAACAUCGGAAAAGAGUUACGUCGAGAUGACGGGUAUAGACGCGGAGACGUCUCAGGACAUCGCCGAGGCGAUUAAUGGCAAAGGGGGACGUUACCUGGAAGCUCAAGUGCAAGGUAGCAAAACGCAGGCUCAGGAAGGCACCCUCGUUAUCCUCGCUGCUGGAGAUCGGUCAUUAUUCGACGAGUGUCAGUCUUGUUUCGAGGCUAUGGGCAAGAAUAGCUUUUAUCUCGGCGAAGUCGGCAAUGCUUCCAAGAUGAACCUUGUCCUGCAACUCAUGGCCGGUGUGACCUUGGCCGGUCUGGCAGAGAGUAUGGCACUAGCGGAUCGUGCUGGACUUCAGCAGAAAGAUGUCUUGGAGGUCUUGGAACUGACGUCUUUAGCGUGUCCGGCGAUUCUCGACAAAGGCAAAGCGAUAAUCGAGGGUGGCUUCCCGACGCAACUGCCCUUACAACAUAUGCAGAAGGACCUGAGACUCUCCUUAGGUAUGAGCGACCAACUGGAGCAGCCUCUACCGCUGGCCGCCGCCGCCAACGAAGUGUACAAGCAUGCCAAGCGUCUCGGAUACGGUGAACACGAUGCCUCGGCCGUUUACAUCAGGGCCAGGUUCUAACGCAGCAUGCCUUGGUGUCAUCGAGCUUCUGCUAUACCAUAUUUAUUGCGAUACCUGGCGUUGUUUCCCGCCGCUGCAGGAGACCGAGACGGAGAGAGAGAGAGAACCAUAACGCGUGCUUUAACGAGAUAUACCCGGUUUGGUUGCGACUUAGCAAUAUAUACGCCGCCACAUUUGUGCGUACAUCGUGAGAUCUUACGGGGAAACAGAGAGCGAAUAUUUUAAGUGAAGUGUCGAACACACGGGAUAUGAAAUCGAACAGAUGCGAGUGUCCGGUCGUCGCGCGCCCGGAUGGAAAAGUGUUGUUGCGCGGACACGCGCGAAAUAAAUCAGCAUUAGCUUCACACACACACACACCCCCUCUGACGUUUCCCAUCUUGAAGUGGUGAACGGGCGAUAAUUAGUCGAACUCUGAUAAUAAGGAAAUAUUCCUUUCCCUUUUCUUUCCGGCGGCGAUUAAUUCUCCGAGCGUAUGUUCGCUGAAAAGGAAAAAAAGAAGAAAGAAAAAGAGGAACGCUUCUCUUCGUGCGCCCGAGCGGAAGAAAUAAACGUCGAGUUCAGUUAACGGUCGAGAGCUCUCUAAAGUCGCGUCUCGACUUCGAUCGCGCGAGACGCAAGCCUUCGGCUCGGUAUCGAGAGAUUCGGGACGUGUCGAAGAUAUAUGUGCCUUACGAUACCGAUUGAACGGCGGAGGGCUUUCUUUUCCACGCCGAAUUGGAAGCGAAUGCAUUAAAAGCCGCGGCGGUUGAACAACACACACAAACACACACAUACAUACACACACACACGCGCGUACACACUUGUACACACCGUAUCGGUUUGAGACCACCUUAGUGACUGCGAUUGACUUGACGACGGCGACGUUAUGAUGAUAAAACCGGGACACAUAUAUAAGCACACUGUAUACUUUAUGUGCAAUCAUAAAGUUUUAUUCGGGCACGGGCAAAGCAACCCCGGCAAUACGUUAGAAAUAUUGUCCGAUCGAAGCGAUUGGGUGACUACGAAGAAACUGAUCCUUCCACGAGCACCUUCAUCAUCGGUUUUUCUCCAUCGGUUUUCAUCCUAUCAACCGAGAUCAUUUGAUUGACUUUCGUUUCCAACUACUUUUCCCUUUUUUCUCCGGUACUUCAUACAACGAACGAGAAACAAUUGACUGUAUUUUUCGCGACUAAUAAUUCUAAUCCAUUAGCGGAUAGGAGGAGCGAAGAGUGCGAAGGGCGGUUCUCUUUUUUUUCUGUAGAUACAUCGGCAAAGCGCAUGACAGUACAUUCCUGUCAUCGAAUUCGUCCGUGCGGCAUAAUCCUUAUAUAUAUUGAAAUAUCGUCGUAGAGUUGUCCGAAAUGUAGACUAGUAAAAGGUGAAAUAUCAAAAAUGAAGAGAAAUGCGAAAGUCUAUAGGUUCGUCGAAUUGACUCGGUUUUGCCGAAACGCUGUAUGACGGGACAACUGGUAACGUGGGACAAUUAGCGAUGGAGCAAGGUGGGAAAUGAGACCUGUGAGAGGGUUGCUCUCGCAGGUUUAAUGUAAUAAAAGAGUUAAUAUACUAAAUAACAAAUGUUUGGUAUAUUAUACGUUGCGCUUUCGAAAUACUCGGAAUCCGACGAGUCAUUUAUAAUUUGUAAUAACAAAAAUUCUAUAUAUAUAUAUACAUAUAUAUAUAACUGUUAAUAAUCUCUUGAACACCUGAUAUCUUGUCACAUACAGCAAGGGCAGAAACAAUAUACUUAUGAUACGAUAUCCGUUACAUUUGAUUACAGACUAUUCGUUCGGAAAGAAAAGAGGCUCGAGGUCGUGAAUCGAAAGCGAAUGAAAUAUCAUUUGCCACCUGAACGUUUAAUUCUCGCGGAUCACUUUCUUCUGGGAUGAUAAGUGUAAUUUGGUUAGUACACGGUAAUCAGUUUCCGUAAGAGGAGGCGUUGCGUGUUUGACAUCGACUUCGACGAGACAGUUCUCGAGACGGUUAACCACGGGGGUGGGCGCGCGCGCUCUCUCAUAUAAGCCACGGCUGUACGAUCUUCGCCGCGAAGAAGGAUCCUCAGCGGGCGAGGGAAACGAAGCGGAGGGGGCGCUUCGGUUUCCGUUUUCCCAUGAUGGUCGUGCGAGUCUCGCGGGUGAUACGCGACACGAAGUCGAGAGCGACCGGAGAGCCGCUGAAGGGUUGGCUUUUGCGGAGGAGACCCGCGGUCGAGUAAAGCACACGAGUUUUCCUGUUCGACGCGUCGGGGAGAAUGUCGGAGGAUCGUCGCGUCGACGAUCCUCGAAUGGAAGGCAUUAUUGUCGGCCUUCGCCGGCCGAAAUUUCACAGAGAGAACGACGCGGUGUCAUCAUCGUCGCGCUUGAAAUAAACUUCCCGAUCGUUGUUUGUUGUUUUUAAGCGAAUUCUCCUCGAAGAGAUAUUGCGUAGACAUUGAAUUUUCAGAGUUUAAUGAAUUGCGGGGUGUAUUUUGCAGAUGGGUUUGUCCGCAAUCGUAGCAGACGCGUGGGACUUUCUUCUAAAUUGUUGUUAAUCUGUAAAUCAUUUUUUUCACUUGUAGAUAAAAAAGAAAAAGAGUUGAUUUUAUGUCCAGUUGUUUUGCGUGAAUUGUAGUGUCUUGGGAAGAAGGAGGGAUGUAUCUGUCGAUAUAUCGUAAACGCGAGAGCGAAGCAAAGUCCUGUCGCGGAUGAAGCAACGCAAAUGGCGUCGCGAUGCAAGGUGCAUGAGAAUUUACCGUACGAAGAAGGCUACAUGCACCGAAUCUAUCUAAUUUAUCUGGAUGUUUGACCGUGAUAAAGAGAUAUUUUUCACGAAGUCAGAUGGAAAAUCGUGCUGUUCGCUCGACGAGGUCUCGAAUUUGUAAGCGUGUGGGAAAUUGCGUAACGUAUAGCCGAAAUAAAAGUGGCAUGGCGCCAUAUCACAUACGAAAACAUGUAAUUAGACGUACACAAUCAACAGUUAAAUAAUAAUUACAUUACACAAUGGUACAUUGUAUGCGUACGAGUUGCGAAUCCAAACAUGGGCGAAGAUAGAAGGAGAAAACAAAUAUUAAAUAAUCUUACAACAGACAUUGAAGAAGAAGGAAAUAUGCAUAUAAUUAGUAAAUGUUAAGUUUACUAAAACGGAGAGAAGAGAGAAGCAGAUUAUAAUUAAUAACAAGUGGGAGAAAUUAGUGUGAAAGUGCGAGCGAAUGAAUGAGAGUGUACGUCAUGUGCGUUACGUCAAUAACAGGCGUUAUAUGUUUUUGUCACGAAUACACAUGGUUUUUUGAAUAAAUAUCUAUUUGAAUUA